GCAUUUUGCAAGCAGAAGAAAACAAAGCUGCCAAAGCUUGUGAGGUGCUUGGGCAUCGUUAUUCGUGGUAUCACUGCAGCCGCAGCGACAGCAAUCCAUCGGUAGCCAGCUUUUACAGCACAUUCAUUGAUUUGGGUGAUUUGGGUGCAGCCCUGCUCACGCCAGACGCGACAGUAAAAAAACGCGCGCAGCGAUGGCACAAAUGGCCACACCAGAAACAACAACCAGCCCGUCGGCGCAACGCAAAGCCCUCGACGCCGCCGACGAGGUCGUCCUCGAAUACGUCGCCUUUCGCGGUUUCAACGAGGUCUUUCGCGCGCUCAACGCCGCGAGAGCGGACGACGCCACGAGACGGGGCGCCUACGACGCAACCUUCGCCACCGACGCUUUAUUGAAACCUAUCCAGACGCUGGACCACGCGGCUUUGCUCGAUGCGUGGGAUUUUCUCUCGAGUCGCUUCUUCCGGCGCCUGGACGCGGAGAUGACGGCACACGCGCAAGCGUUGGAACGGGGUGUGUAUAGGGCCUACUGCGUGGCCGCGGUGAAAAGAGGCGAGCGCCAGAAGGCGACGCAACUCCUGACGGAGCUCGCCCGCCGCGACGCCGCCGACGCGACCAGCAAACCGCCAUCAGCACCAAAGCAGGACGCCGAGGUCGUCUGGGCUUUAUAUGAUGACGACGACCGACCAACCAAGCCGCCGCCCGUCGACGCGCGCAACGGCGCGCGCUGGCGCGAGUGGUUCGCCAUGCCGCACGUGCCGCGGCCCGACCGCGACCCGCUCUUCGCGCCCUACUUCAAGCGGGAGUGGCACGACGCCCUGGUGCUGUCCCUGCGGAACUUCCUCGCGACGGUGUUUGCAUCGGCGCCGCCGCCCAAGUUACUCCUGUUGCAGACGUGGCACUCGUCGCAAGCGCAGCAGAAAUUAAGGGAGGAACUGCAGAGCGCGCGGUCGGAGCGCGAGGCCCUCGUGGAGGACUUGGUGCGGACGCGCGCCACGCGCGACACACUCGCCGGCACGGUGCGCGAUUUGCUCGUCGCGCACCACCACGGCCACCGCGCGUCGCCGGCCAAGCCGCGCGGCGGCCUCUUCGACGACGAGCCGUCCGACGCGGACGACGCUCGAAAAGCUGGCGCCGACGCCGUCGAGGCGGCGCGCCGCGGCGGCGACAACGCUGCGCUCGACGCCUUGUGUGCGAAGGCGGGGCGGUACUUGGACCUCGUGCGGGGCGGCGGGUAA